AUGGUAUCCGCUCAAGAGGUUGCGAUUGUCACUGGAGCCGGAGGCGGGCUCGGCCAGGCCAUCGCUCGAAAGCUGGCAUGCCGAGGCAUUAAGAUUCUCACCGCCAAUGUGCAGGAGGAGCGAGGCAAAGAAACGGUAGAAUGCAUCCAACAAAACUUUGGCGUUGAAUCCAUUUUCUGCAAAACCGAUGUCACCAAAGAAGAAGAUGUCAACCGAAUGCUGCAAACGACUGUUGAGCGCUGGGGCCAGAGCUGGAAGGCGUCGCCCAACGAGGGGCCAUCGUCAACAUCGCGUCUUUUUACGGGCACGUCGCAACAGGGAUGCCAUCUUAUACAGCAUUGA